AUGCUCUCCAAAGACAAUCCUAGUUUUGAUAGAUUACAUAAAAUAAGACUUCUUAUAGAACAUUUAAAUACAAAAUAUUCAAGUGUUCAAUGUAAUCAAUAUUUAUCUGUAGACGAACAGCUUUGUGCAACAAAAGCUAGAAGUUAUCUAAAACAAUAUCUUCCUGACAAAUCACACAAGUGGGGCUACAAAUUAUUUGUAUUGUGUGAUGAUGAUGGGUUUUCUUAUAAAUGUGAGAUAUUUACUGGUCAAGAAAAUUGGGAAAAAUUUCGGUUGCCAAAUGAACCAGAUUUAGGGGCAAGUUCAAAUGUAGUAGUCAGACUUACCAGAAAUGUACCACAAAAUAAAAACCAUAAACUUUAUUGUGAUAAUUAUUAUACCAGUAUACCUCUGUUUGAGUUUUUGUAUCAAAAAGGUAUAUUAGCUUUAGGAACUGUACGGUGUAAUAGAAUUCCAAAUUGUGAACUUUCAAAUGAUAAAUAUAUAAAAAACCUAAAAAGAGGAACAUCAAUUGAUAAAGUAUCAUCAUAUGGAAUCGUGCCAUURWCUUUAGUUUUGUGGAAGGACAAUAAAGUGGUUACACUUUUAUCCACAUAUUUUGGGAAAGAUCCAAUUUCUGUUGUAAAACGUUAUGAUAAAAAGAUGAAAACUCAAAUAGGAGUAGAUUGCCCAUUUUUGAUUAAAGAGUAUAACCGUCAUAUGGGUGGUUUGGAUUUACUUGAUAGUCACAUAGAUAUGACAGUGGUGAACUCAUGGAUUCUAUAUAAAAGAGUUUGUAAAGCUAAAGACAUUGCUCCCAAGUUUACUUUGGCUGGUUGGAGAAAAGAUCUUGCUUACACAUAG